AUGGCAGAUCCGGGUCCGUCCACAUCCUCGAUACCACCUUCAACACCAACAAUCCUAAAUACAUUACACGCAUUACUAUUAUCCCAUUCAUCCCGAAAUCUCAAUACCACCCAUUUACAUCCUUACACUCCGAGUCCACCCCGGAAUGGCAAUAGCAAUCUUGAUGGAAAGGGGAAGGGAAAAGUCGUCGAAGGGAAUGAAAUCGCAAGUGUCACAGAUUUGAGAGAAUCGAUAAUUAGGUUAAAAGAUGUUUUGUCUCGAGGUGGUGAUGGAGUCGUAAUAUCACAAGGUCAAAAUGAUGGAGAAGGCGAUGAAGGUAGAUUGAUCAGAGGCUUGAAAGAGAUUACGACUCAUCAACAAUCUAUCUUACCUUCGCUCAACUCACUCCGACCGCCCUGUUCAUUACCUCUACAAGUCUCAUUCCCAUCUUCUUUACUCUCAUUAUCACCCUCAGCCUUAUUACAGGAAUUAUCAUUAUCGUUAGGAUUACAAUGUUUCUCAGAAGAUUCACAAUUCGGUUUAUUAAAAUCAUCAUUGGCAAUUGCCGGAACAAGAUUUGUCGUUGAUGUCGAUUUGGAAGUUGAUACUCUUCAAGGAGAAGACGAUGACGAGAUGAAUGGAAUCGCUGUCACCAAUGCUAGUGGACUUGAUGACUUCGGCAUCCAAAACGGAAAUGGGCAGCAAUCAUCAUCAGUAUCCAGUGGACUGAACGGGAACGGAAUGAACCAUAAUGGACCACCAUCAAAUAACACAAAUGAUACAAACAACAAUACUCAAAAAGUUAAAUUGACCAAAUUGAUAGUAAAUCACGUUACAUCCAAUGGUGGGACAGGUAAAUCAACUCAUAUAACUUCAAUACUCACUAAAUUGAUUGAAGAUUAUUUGGAAUUAUACAAUAGUAAUAACGCCAGUAACAAUGAUAACAAGCAAAAUGAUAAUGGUGAUCAUAAUGUCAAUAACAAUGAUAGCGAUAAUGAUAUUUGGGAAAAACAAUCCUAUCUUGAAAGAUUGACUAAAGUUUUAAAAGAUUUAAAAAGUUUGGAUGAUAAUCAUAUAAGUGGAAUAUCGAAGAAUAAAGAUAAUUUUGAAGAACUGGAAAAAGCUCAUCAAUUAGUUGAACAUUUAACGACUUCAUCCAUUUCUACGACCAAUGAAUUCAAAAUAUAUCCCACAAAAGCCAAUACGAUAUUCCCUACAUUCCAUCUAUUACCAUCUUCGUCUUCGUCCUCGUCUUCAUCUCCAUCACCAUCGCCCCCUUGGGAUGAUACAGGAAGAGGAGGAGGAGAAGAGCCGAAUCCGGUUAUUCAAUUACGACCACACAGACCCCUCGAAAGGGUGAUACAUGCCCCACCAAUCAUUGUCAACACCAGCGGAAAUGAUGAGAACAACGCCGAAGGAGAAGACGUGGAUAUGACGGAAGGAAAAGGACCUUCAACAGAAUUGAAUUUGGAAAAUUGGAUCAUUGAAAUAAUACCUGAAAAUGGUAUGGAUGGUUUAGUGGUCAGAAGGAACUGGUUAGAUAUUACUUCUAAACCUGAUUCCUCUGAUGGAUCAAGUGAUGGUGCACAAGGUGGAAUUAGGAUUGAGAAUCUACUUUAUAAACCGUUUCCACCCUCACCAAUACCUUCAUUAUCACAACAACCGAAUCUGUUCCCUUACAACUCGACUUUCAUACAUCGUCCUUCCUCUUCUUCCGCUGAGCCAAAUACCACUCAGACACAUAUCGAUAGCGAGCCUAAUGAGAGAUCUCGUGAUGUCGAACAGCAGUGGAGUAUGGUGAUUCCAGGUCCCAAGGCAUACAUCAUUGGCCGAAUUGGAGUUCCAGAUUCGUUGGAGGGUUUCAAGGGUUCAUUGAAGGCAUUAAGACAUCAAUUAAUCCUGAACAACCUAUUCACCAGUAUCUUCUCUAUUCAAAAUCUGACCUCCAAUACAGAUACACAGAAUCAACACGUAGAUGAAGCUGAUGAAGAUGAUGAACGUGAAGAUGAUGAUCUAGAUGACCUACUAUCAGGAGAACAAUCUUCCAUUCCUAUCAACAUAGCCCUCGAAGAAAGCUCAAUCACCGUCACUUUGCCUUUGAUCCAAGGGGACAAGAUAAUCAAUACACAGCUUAAGGUGUACCCAAGUGAAGUUGAGACAGAUCAUUAUAUCAGAGUAGAUUGUGCCGGGAUCGCCUCGGAAGAUCAAAUCAGACAUGAAAGGAAUUUAGCACAUAUAGUGAAAAGGGUGAUUGAGCUGUUGAAGAAGGUACAAUGA